AUGGCUAAGAUGUUGGCAAAUCGUAUGAAACCCCUGUUAGAAAAUAUUAUUUCAGACUCACAGAGUGCGUUCCUUCCGGGUAGGUUGAUCUCGGACAAUAUUCUGAUUGCUUCCGAGGUUGGUCAUUACUUGAGGAGGAAGCAACUAGGCCAGACGGUACGUUACAGGGUAGUGGUUAAUGGUAGACCUACGGAGGAGAUCGUGCCUACUAGGGGGUUACGGCAAGGGGAUCCCUUGUCGCCUUAUCUCUUCAUAAUCUGUGCGGAGGGGCUAUCUUUGCUUUUGCAGGACUCACAUUCAAAAGGGCUUAUUCAUGGUUGUAGAGUGGCCCGGGGGGCACCACCGAUCUCGCACUUGUUUUUUGCUGACGAUAGCUUGCUUUUCUUUAAAGCUAACCUGCAGGAAGCUAUGGAAGUAAAAAGAUGCCUGGGGGUUUAUGAGUCCUACUCUGGCCAAGCGGUGAAUUUUCACAAAUCCAACAUUUCGUUCAGCCGAAAUACACACACUGAGAUGCGGGAUCUUGUGUCAGGGGUUUUGACUGUUUCUCAGGCGGAGGAUUUUGGGAAGUACCUGGGAUUGCCUUCUGUUGUUGGCAGGAAUAGGAGGGCGGUUUUUGCUUACAUUGAGCAACAGUUGAAACAGAGAUUCAGCUCUUGGAAUAAGAGGUUGCUGACUAAGGCGGGUAAGGAGGUUCUUUUGAAAAGUGUGGCACAGGCCAUGCCAACUUAUACUAUGAGUAUUUAUCUGCUGCCGAUUACUUUAUGUGCUUCUUUGGAGAGGUUAAUGAACAGGUAUUGGUGGGGGAAUGUGGGCAACGCUGGUAAUAUCCAUUGGUUGGCCUGGGAUAGGAUGUGCAGUCCAAAGAAGUUUGGUGGUAUGGGGUUUAAACGAUUGCAUGAAUUUAAUCUUGCCCUGUUAGCUAAACAGGGUUGGCGGCUUCUUACUAAUCCCACAUCUUUAAUGGCACGUGUGUUUAAGGCUAGGUACUUCCCAACUUCAUCCUUUUAUGAGGCUGUUAUCGGGGGUAACCCAAGUUACGUCUGGAGAAGUAUUAUGGCUGGCCAAGAUUUGUUAAAAUCUGGUUGCAGGCGCAGAAUUGGAGAUGGCACGGCUACAAGGGUUUGGACUGUUCAAUGGCUUCCGGAUCGACACAAUCCAUAUGUUGAGUCUGAUCAAGCUAUGGACGGUCACUCAAUGCUAGUUUCAGAGUUGAUUGAUGCCCAUACGGGGACCUGGAAUCUGGAUCUUUUGCAACAAAAUUUUAAUGCCCGGGAUACACAAUUAAUUUUGAGAGUGCCUGUGAGUACAGAUUUCGAAGAUAUCUGGUAUUGGGAAGGAGAUAUAAGGGGAUGCUAUUCGGUUAAAGAUGGAUAUAGGAGGUUGGGGUUUUUGAAUACGGACCCAUCGCCAGUAUGGAAUAAUAUUUGGAAGCUGCAGGUUCCUCCCAAAUGGAAAGUAUUCCUAUGGAGAGCUCUUUUGAAUAUAUUGCCCACACUUGAUAACUUGAUUGUUAGGAGAGUUGAGGUUAAUAAUAUAUGUCCAUGUUGUGGUUUGUUUGAGGAAUGUGUCACGCAUAUUUUUUGCAGGUGUCCAUUUGCAAUUAAUGUUUGGCAACUAUCUCAGUUACAAAUUCCCCCGUGUGCCAACAGGAAUUUUUAUCAAUGGACGGAGGAGUGGCUUGGCAGUGCGCCCGGAUAUACUAAGGAGGUACAAGGCAGAAUGUGUGGUGUACUUCAUGCCAUAUGGACUGCUAGGAACACGGCAGUCUGGGACUCGGUGGUGCCACGCCCGGCUUCGCUCCUGAUGCGCCUUGCGGUACAGUGGACGGCGUGGAUGAGUAGUCAGCAGCCCCAUGUGAUUAAUAACAGCAGCAGCAACGUAGCUUUGCAUGCGCAACAUAGCAAUACACCGACCUCUUUUAAGUGUUAUGUUGAUGCGGGCUUUCAUGGUCCCCUUCACGCAGCGGCAUAUGGUUUUGUGGUUUUUGAUAGUGAUUCGUCGUUUGUGGCAGCAGGUAAUGGCCCCUUGCCAUGUCCGUAUGAUCCCCUCUUGGCGGAAGCGAUGGCAAUGUGCGAAGCCCUUUCUUGGUUGAAGAAUAAUGGGUACUCAAGCGGCUACAUCUAUUCUGACUCAGCAGUUUUAGUUACGAGUCUUUCAUUUGCUAGUUCGUUUCGUAAUUAUUUUCGUUUCAUUCUGUUAUCUUGUACUCGGCUACUUAGUGAUUUACCAGGUUCCCAGGUUAAAUUUGUUAAAAGGGAUGCCAAUCAUGUGGCACACUCCUUAUCUAAGCAUGUAUCUGCUAUAGCAGGCAGAACUCUAUGGAGGGAUAUUCCACCUCCUUUUAUUGAGCCCUUGGUGGCUAAUGCAAUCUGA